GAUAUGUAUAUCUACUAUGUUUGCUGGCUGAUGACUGUCAUGUAUGACUGGUCUGUACAGUUCUGAACGGAUAAUUUAAUGCUCGUGUUUCCCAGUGUUAAACCAUUUCCGAUUGUUGAUCACGUGGGGAUCAAUGAGCCAGUGCCCCAGCGUCUGUGACCCGCAUCAGCGAUGACCCCAGGGGCCCCCCCACUACUGCUUGAAGAAUGGCGAGGUUCAAGCGCAGAACAUGCCUUGGUUUAAUAGCACUGGUGUGGACAGUAGUCAUCAUAACUCUGGGGUUAAAGUCCCUGACACCAGAGGACACGUCACUCAUGAGCCCUGAGGGAGGUGACCUGCUUCCAGAGCGGAAGAAAGACAGCCAGAUGCAGGUAGACGACAAGACGGACCCGAAACCUGAGCACAGUAAAAUGGUCGACUCAUCGCAGUUACGAAAGGACGAAGAAGUGCAGGCCAUGUUGAGGCGAUUCCCGCCUCCAAACUACUAUCUUCACGCCUUCUACUACAUUUGGUACGGGAACCCCAAGUUUGACGGGAAGUACAUCCACUGGAACCACCCGCAGCUGCCGCACUGGGACAGCAAGGUCGCGCAAGGGUAUCCGCAGGGACAACACAGCCCGCCCGAUGACAUCGGCGCCAACUUCUACCCGGCUUUAGGCCCCUACAGCUCCAGAGACCCGGCUGUCGUGGAGACCCACAUGCAGCAGCUCCGCACAGCUUCCAUCGGUGUCAUUGCCGUUUCCUGGUAUCCUCCCAAUACACAGGAUGACAACGGCGACCCGGUGGAUGACAUUGUACCGCUGCUGCUGGAUGUGGCUCAUAAAUACCAUAUUAAGAUCGCGUUCCACAUCGAGCCGUACAAAGGCAGAGACGAAGUCAAUAUGCUGGUGAAUGUCAAGUACAUCACUGAAAAGUAUGGGAACCACCCGGCCUUCUUCCGGUUCCGCACCAACGCUGGCAAGCUCCUGCCGCUCUUCUAUAUUUAUGACUCCUAUCUGAUGAACUCGGAGCAGUGGGCCAAACUGCUGAAACACACGGAGGCUAACAGCAUCAGGAACACGGCGUACGACGCCAUCUUCAUUGCUCUCUUGGUGGAGGAGAAACACAAGAGAGACAUUCUGACGGCGGGAUUUGACGGCAUGUACACCUACUUCGCCACCAACGGCUUCUCCUACGGCUCCACUCAGAAAAACUGGAACUCUAUUAGAACCUUCUGCGAAGACAACAGCCUGGUAUUCAUCCCCAGCGUGGGCCCGGGAUACAUCGACACCAGCGUUCGGCCGUGGAACUUUCAGAACACCAGGAAUCGCAUCAACGGGAAGUACUACGAGACGUCGCUGAGCGCCGCCAUGGAGGCCAGGCCGGACUUCAUCUCCAUUACCUCCUUCAACGAGUGGCACGAGGGCACGCAGAUCGAGGCGGCCGUUCCCAAAACCAGUCAGACGGCUUACCUGGACUACCUGCCCAACAAACCCACCAUCUACCUGGAGAUCACACAGAAAUGGGCCUCCAUUUUUGGCGGCGAGCGCAGGAAGUGGCAGGAGUAAUCCAAAGAAGGUCCCUGUGAGAGUGUCAUUCCAAGUCUGUCCAUUGUGUUCACACCGUAUCUGAAGUAAAACCAGCAUGGUUUCUCACUGUCCUCUCACACUUGCAGCUCAAUCUAUGCAGUGCAUCGGUGAUAUGUCGACGUAUUGCACCACAACAGGGACAAAUAAAGUGAGAACUGUCUAUUCCAAAGAUCAUUCAGCGCGUAAUAACUAUGAUCUGCAGCGUUCUUCACUGUGACCAACUGUCUGAUCAUUUCUACAUGGCGUCAACUUUUUGUCAUUGACCUCAAUGAUGGUGUCUCUUAAAGGCUGAUCGAGGUACUUGCUUGCUUAGCUUGUGUUAGCUACUAACCUUCCUGUAUCAUUGCGGGGGUGGAGGUUAGAAAUAAAAAAAAUGAAACACAAAAGACCAGAUGAUAUUAACUGGGAAUAAAAAAAA